CGGAGCAAAAUACAAUCUUUAAGAGCAACACACUCAUCCCCAAGAGCUUAUAUACAUAUCUAAAACCUCAUGUUAUAAUAGAGCAAAGCCAAAUAAAACAAAAGCAAACAUGUCUACUUCUCAUCACUAUCAUCGUCAUCCGCCAUAUCUCAUCACCAUACUCUUCUUAUUGUUUCUUAACUUGUGCUGCCUCCAUGCAAAUGAACUAGAGCUUCUCUUAUCAUUCAAAUCCUCAGUUCAAGACCCUUUAAGACACCUCUCUUCUUGGUCCUACUCUUCAACCAAUGAAGUGUGCCUUUGGAACGGCGUCGUUUGCAACAACCUCUCUCGUGUUGUCUCUCUCGAUCUCUCCAGCAAGAACAUCUCCGGCCGAAUCCUCACUUCCGCUACUUUCCAUCUACCUUUUCUACGAACCAUUAAUCUCUCCAAUAACAACUUGUCUGGUACAAUCCCUAAUGACAUCUUCACCACUUCGUCUCCUUCUCUUCGUUACCUGAACCUAAGCAACAACAACUUCUCUGGCUCGAUCCCUCGAGGCUUUCUUCAGAAUCUCUACACGUUAGAUCUUUCCAACAACAUGGUCUCCGGUGAAAUAUACGAUGAUAUCGGCUUUUUCUCUAACCUGAGAGUCCUAGAUCUCGGCGGAAACGUCUUAACCGGUCAUGUUCCCACCAAUAUCGGAAACCUCUCAAGAUUAAAGUUCUUAACAUUGGCUUCAAACCAGUUAACUGGAGAUCUACCGGCGGAACUAGGGCUGAUGAAAAACUUGAAAUGGAUAUACUUGGGAUACAACAAUCUCUCGGGAGAAAUCCCUUACCAAAUCGGUGACUUAUCCGCUCUCAACCACCUUGAUCUUGUCUACAAUAAUAUCUCUGGACCAAUACCUUCUUCACUAGGAGACUUGAAGGAGCUUGAGUACAUGUUUCUCUACCAAAACAAGCUCUCCGGUCAGAUUCCACCGUCCAUCUUUUCCCUCCACAAUCUCAUAGCUCUCGACCUUAGCGAUAAUUCGCUUUCCGGAGAUAUCCCUGAGCUUGUAGCUCAGUUACAAAGCUUGAAGAUUCUCCAUCUCUUCUCUAAUAGCUUUUCCGGAAAGAUUCCUGAAGGAGUAACUUCUUUGCCACGUCUACAAGUACUUCAGCUCUGGUCCAAUAGAUUUUCUGGCGGAAUUCCAACAAAUCUUGGGAAACAUAACAACCUCAUUGUUCUUGAUCUUUCUACCAACAAUCUCACCGGAAAAAUUCCUGACACCCUCUGUGACUCUGGCCAUCUCACCAAGCUCAUCCUCUUCUCUAACUCUCUGGAUGGCGUAAUCCCGCCGAGUUUGGGAGAGUGCGAGAGCUUAGAGCGCGUGAGGCUUCAAAGAAAUGGCUUCUCAGGCCAGUUACCUCGAGGGUUCAACAAGUUGCAACUCGUUAACUUCUUGGACUUAUCAAACAACAACCUCAGAGGUAACAUCGGCACGUGGGACAUGCCACAGCUUGAGAUGUUAAACCUUGGCAAGAACAACUUCUCUGGUGAGUUACCGGAUCUUUCAAGAAGCAAGAGACUCAAGAAGCUUGAUUUAUCAGGGAACAAAAUCUCUGGAGUGGUUCCACUAGGACUCAUGACGUUACCAAAACUUAUGGAUUUGGAUUUAAGCGAGAACGAGAUCACGGGAGCGAUCCCAAUUGAGUUUUCUUCUUGCAAGAACCUUGUGAAUCUUGACAUGAGCGACAACAAUCUUACUGGAGAGAUCCCUUCAAGCUUCUCGGAUUUCCCAGUUCUCAGCAAUCUUGACUUGUCUUGCAAUCGAUUAUCAGGCGAGAUUCCGAAGAAUCUAGGAAACAUCGAGUCUCUUGUUCAAGUCAACAUCUCUCAUAAUCUCCUGCACGGAAGCUUACCUUUAACCGGAGCCUUUCUUGCCAUAAACGCGACAGCUGUCGCCGGUAAUAAAAAUCUCUGCAGUGCAAAAAAAGUUAGCGUUUUACCUCUUUGCAAGGUUAUAAGAAAGAGAAGUACAGAGAGUUGGUGGUUUGUCGUUACUUCAACCUUUGUAGCUUUCUUGGCCGUGCUUGUCUCCGGUUUCUUUAUCGCUCUCGUCAUUCAAAGGAAGCAUAACUCUUUGAAGGUCAAGAAAGUUGAACAAGAAGAUGGUACAAAGUGGGUAAUUCAGUUCUUGGAUUCAAGAUUCACGAAAUCGCUCAAAGUGAACGCGAUUCUAUCAUCUCUCAAGGAACAAAACGUUCUUGUGGAUAAAAACGGCGUGCGGUUCGUUUUUAAGGAGGUCAAGAAGUAUGAUUCUCUUCCCGAGAUACCCGAAAUUAGGAAGCUUUCUGAGCACAGGAACAUUCUAAAGCUAGUGGCGACGUGCCAGUCGGAAAAACUGGCCUUCUUGAUAUACGAGGACGUCGAAGGGAAACGACUGAGCCAGGUUUUAAAUUGUUUGGGUUGGGAGAGACGGAGGAAGAUUAUGAUGGGAAUCGCAGAAGCUCUUCGGUUUUUACAUUAUCGAUGUUCUCCGGGGAUCGUUGCCGGUGAUUUAUCGCCGGAGAGUAUUGUUCUAGACGUGAAGGAUGAACCAAGGCUAUGUCUCGGUCUUCCGGGCCUACUUUGCAUGAAUGCUGCCUACAUGGCCCCAGAAACAAGGGAGCACAAGGAGGUGACAAGUAAAAGUGACAUUUAUGGUUUUGGAAUCCUUCUUCUAAAUCUCAUCACUGGUAAAAGUUCCUCCGGUGAUGAAGACAUAGAAUCUGGAGUUAACGGGAGUUUGGUCAGCUGGGCUAGAUAUUCAUAUUUCAAUUGCAAUAUCAACACGUGGAUCGACUCAUCCAUCAACACAUCAGUACAUAAGCACGAGAUUGUCCACGUCAUUAACUUAGCUUUAAACUGUACGGUCUAUGAUCCGCAAGACAGGCCUUGCACCAAGAACGUAUUGAAAGCAUUAGAGACUAUUUCUUCGUCAAGUUCUUCUAGCAUUACUUACUUUCCAAUUUUGCCAUCGUUUGAUCCAUUACGUAAUUUUAAUUAGGGUUUCUUUUCUCGUGUUUUAUUUGAUAUUUGUUCUUCUUCGUUGGGUUAAUAAACCCAAAAGGAAUUUUUAUCAAGAUGGUUUUGUUUAUGUUAUCUUGAUUUUUUACUGAUGUAUGUAAAACGAGUAUAUGCAUAUAUUGAAGAAUGGUUUGAACUUCUUUA